CUCAAAAUGGCUUUUGAAAAUAUUGUACUAGGAAUUUUCCUCUUCUCCCAGAUUACAGUGGGAAUGAUUGGCAAUUCCUCAAUACUAGUUUAUUAUGUCAUUUUGAAACUCACUGGAAAACAUUUAAUGCCUAAAGACCUGAUCAUAGAGCACUUGACUUUUGCCAAUUGCCUGUUUAUCAUCUCAAAAGGCAUUCCACAGACACUGUCAGAUUAUGGAUAUAAAAAUUUUCUAGAUGACUUUGGAUGUAAAUUGAUAAUAUAUAUUUACCGAAUAACCAGGGGAAUGUCCCUUUAUGCUAUGUGCCUAUUGAGUUGCUUCCAAGCAAUCACAAUCACCCAGAAAAAUUCCAGAUGGAUGAUGCUUAAACACAGAGUCACCAAGUACCUUGGUCCCUCUUGCUCAUUCAGCUGGCUUGUACAAUUAUUGCUAAACAUCUUGGCUGCAACAAGAGUGUCAGGCCCUCGUUACAACAAAAAUACAACUAGCAGGAUGAUUCAUGGGUACUGUUCAUGGUUUGCUUCAGGCAAUUUUGCAACUGUGAUGUAUUUAUUCUUAUUGUGCUUCUCUGAUGCUGUGUGUCUGGGUCUCAUGGCCUAUUCAAGUGUCUCCAUGGUGAGUAUCCUCUGCAGACAUAAGAAACAAGUCAAACAUAUCCAUACUGCUCAACACUUUCUAAAAGUCUCUCCUGAAGACAAAGCCACACAAACUAUCCUCAUCCUGGUGUGCACAUUUGUUCUAUCUUACUCAUUCUCCUCUCUUUUGGUAAUCUUUACGACCUACUCCAAAUAUCCAAUGCUAUGGGGAGUAAGUAUAUUUACAUUCCUAGAAAUAUGCUUUCCCAUAUUUUGCCCCUUUGUUCUCAUCAGCAGCAUGAAGUCUAGGUGCAGUAUAUUUUUACCCUGCUUUGGUAAGAGUUAG